AGGGCGGCGCCGGGCGGGAUGGGUUCUCGCCGCCGGCUUCUGUGAGACGCGCUCGCGUGGGCUGCCCGCGGCGGGCCGCAGUGACCACGGCGGCAUGAAGGGCGCCCUGGGGAGCCCCGUGGCCGCCGCCGGCGCCGCGAUGCAGGAGAGCUUCGGCUGCGUGGUGGCCAACCGCUUCCACCAGCUGCUGGACGACGAGUCGGACCCGUUCGACAUCCUGCGCGAGGCCGAGCGUCGGCGCCAGCAGCAGCUGCAGCGCAAGCGGCGCGACGAGGCGGCGGUGGCGGCGGCCGGGGUGGGCGCCCGCGGCGGCAGGAGCCCUGCCGGGGCCUCGGGCCACAGAGCCGGCGCGGGCGGCGGCAGGAGGGAGUCCCAGAAGGAGCGCAAGAGCCUCCCGGCCCCCGGCGCACAGCAGCCGGACAGUCCCGGGGGCGGCCCGCAGCCACUCGGCCAGAAGCGAACUCCUAGAAGAGGGGAGCAGCCAGGAUGGAAUGACAGCCGGGGGACAGAGGGGACGCUUGACAGAGAGGAGCGGAGAUUCUACAGGGAAUAUCGACCCUAUGAGACCGAGAGGCAGGCGGACUUUACAGCUGAGAAGUUUACAGAUGAAAAACCAGUUGACAGGUUUGAUCGAGACAGACCGCUGAGAGGACGUGGAGGCGCAAGAGGGGGGAUGCGAAGCAGAGGCAGAGGUGGUCUCGGGAACAGAGCUUUUGACGCUUUUGACCAGAGAGGGAAACGAGAGUUUGAGAGAUAUGGUGGGAAUGAUAAAAUAGCAAGCAGAACUGAAGACAGCAUGGGUGGGUAUGGACCUCACACCUGGGGAUCAGGUAAAGACAACAGCGACGUGGAGCAGACUGUACCGGUACAAGAGCCCGCGGCGAUGGAGGCGGCCCAGGGUGCCCUGGAAGAGGACUCCCCAGCCAAAGUUCCUGAGUUGGAGGUGGAAGAAGAAACUCAAGUUCAAGAGAUGACCUUAGAUGAGUGGAAAAAUCUUCAAGAACAGACCAGACCAAAGCCUGAGUUUAACAUCCGGAAACCAGAAUCCACUGUUCCUUCCAAAGCAGUGGUGAUUCACAAGUCAAAAUACAGAGAUGAUAUGGUAAAGGAUGACUGUGAGGAGGAUUCCCACGUUUUCCGGAAAGCUGCCAAUGACAUCACAUCCCAGCUGGAGAUUAAUUUUGGUAGCCUCCCUCGUCCUGGGCGUGGAGCCAGAGGUGGUACCCGGGGAGGCCGGGGAAGGACCAGAAGGGCAGAGAACUAUGGACCCAGAACAGAGGUGGUGAUACAAGACAUUGCUCCCAACCCAGAUGACCCCGAAGACUUCCCUGCUCUGGCUUGAAAGAGCCCUGUUUCCCUGGCAACUUGGACAGCACUGGAGGACCUGUGAAGAGACUUUUCUUGCUGUGGGAAGAGUGAGACUCAGAACAAUAGAUGUCGCUUUUCCCAUGUCGUGUGAAUUUGUUGCACUUUUUGGGUCUGAGGGGUGUGGGGUAAAGGGGUUUCUCCAGGUGCUCUCGAGAAAGCACUGCUUGCCAGGGGGUCAGUCCAGCACUUUCCCAAGAAGAAGAAUGCUAUUUUUUUACUUAAGGAAUUCCAAGUGAAGUUCAGGAAUAAUGUUUAAAUGUGUACAUAGAGACUUAUUGAAUACUCCACAAAAGCACGGAAAGAUGAGGUGUGAAACAUGGUCUGUGGAGGCUUGUUGGUAGAUGUUGGAAGUGUUAGAGGAAAUACAUAGGACUUGAACUAUUAGUUUAAAGCAGUCACAGCCUCGCUUUAGAGAGCAGGAAAUUAAAAUGCAUUUGUAUUUACUGUUUACUUGUACAUGUUAGUCUCACUUUCUCCUGGAAACGAAUAAUCUUAAACAGUUAUUGUGUAGCCACUGGUCACCGCUCUGCGGCAAAGAGUUAGAGAAAGUGUUGAUUUUCAAUGCUGAUUUAAACUGCCUCGUGGUUUCUGUGUGUUAAGUAAACACACGCGCACGCACACACACACAUGCAGUAUAUAUGUGCAUAUUUAGUGUUUGGGUGGUUUUAUGAUGAGAAGUAUAUGAUUUUUAAAAUGUUAUUUAACCCACCAAAUGAAAAGGGAUCCUGGCAAAAAAACACCACCGUAUCCUUUUCUCCCUCAAAACUAGUGUCAGAAUUCAGCAGCUGUGUACACAAAGGCCCUCUGUCCUUGUCCUGGGCAAGACUUGCAAAUGACUAGGACUGCUGAACACUUGUGUGCAGGUUUUCUCAUUUGGUCCCUGCCCCCGUUCUAGAGUCCCACCCUCAACAGCAGAGGUGACACCCAGGGCCCAUGUUACCCACAGAGCCCACGAAGUGCCGAGAGGAGCACCUGGAGGGGCAGGGGUCGGGCGGCUGCAACAGCUGCUGGGAGUGGGGCGCUGCCCCCCGCUUCACUGGGGAACGUGGGGAGCGCUCGCCUGUUGUCACACAGUGAGCAUGCUUGUGAUGGCAUUGGAGACUCCCGGGAUCUGUACUUCUCCCCAGUCCGCUCCACUGUCGAGGGUGGCUCUCCAUGAAACUCAAGUGCAAAUAAAGGUUGGUUUCCCUCCA